GGUCUUUCCUGCAGAUCACUGAGAACCAGGGAGGGAGGUGGGCUUGGGCAUCCCCUCUCCUGUGGUCCUGGGAUGCUGGACUCCUCACUGGCAGAUCAGAUGACUCGACUGACGCUGAAACUCUUGGAGAAGAAACUGGAGCAAGAGCGUGAGAACGUGGAGGGGGAGUCUGAGGACCCUCGCCUCGUGCCAGGAGACGAGGACAGGCCGGCCGCAGCCCUGCAGAGUGCUCUGCUGAGGAGGAAGGACCUUCUGCAGAGACUCUGGGAACAUCACCUCCUGGAAGAGCUCUCCCGCGCCCACGCCUGGAGGGGGGUGAACAGAGGAGCCCAGGGGUCAGGGCUGCCCCCAGAAGUGCCCCCCAUGGGAAUCUACCCCGCAGCCUCCCCACCCCCACCGGCCCUGGAGUCGCCACGGAUCAUCCAACACUCCGUCCCCCAGCCUCCUGCCACCAUCAUUCAGCAGCUGCCUCAGCAGCCACUCAUAGCACAGAUUCCCCCUCCCCAGGCCUUCCCCACUCAAAGGUCAGGAAGUAUUAAGGAAGACAUGGUGGAGCUGAUGCUGAUGCAGAAUGCACAGAUGCACCAGAUCAUCAUGCAAAACCUGAUGCUCAAAGCCUUGCCCCCCUCAGCGCUCAUGCCCUCUGGAGGACCGCAGGCCGCCCCCCGGCACCCCACGCUGCAGGUAGGCUCAGCCGGGAGCAGACAUCAAGGCAAAGGCAACGCCCAAAUCAAAACCAGGGGACCUGGGGACCCCCAGCAGGCGCACCGCGCCAUCCUGCGAACUGAGAGGCAGAAGCCGCCAGCCGUGCAUCACCACCACCACUACACGCCCCCAGCCCCACUGCAGGCCGUCCCUGCAGCUGGCUCCCCAGUGGGUUACUCCCUGUGGCCCUCAGUGGUCUCGGCCACUGCCCUCCCACCUACCGCCGGCUUCCUGCCCACUGUGCUCCACGUGGCCGGCCCCUCAGCGGCUGCCCUUAGCGCGUAA